CCGUUUGUUCUGCUCUUCUUCUUGUCUUCCCGCUGCAGCCACCCGAAGAGAAAAAAAAGGGGAACCCGACAGCCAUGCUUGAGGAAACCGGUAGAGAGCUUGAUUUUUCCCUUCUUUUCUUGUCCAAGAACCUGAUUUGGAACCCAGAAAUUCUCCCCCCUGCUGGAAAAUCCCGGAUCUGCUCUGUCUUUCCUCCCCUGUCCGCCGGCUGCUCUUGCUUGUGGGUGUGAUUUUCGGUCUUUCUUGGUGAGAAGCAGCCAUGAAUUCAUCUCUUUAGCUUUGAAUUACCUUGGGUUUACCUUAAUUGCUCUUGAUUUCUCCAACUUUUGAGGUAGGCCGUGAGCUUCUUCUCCAAAUUGCCGCCGGCCUCUUCUCCCCUUGCAGCUCCGGUUUCUACAGCUGGAGAAUUAUGGUUCCCGAUCGUUCUGCCAAUUAGCACUGAAAUUGAGUGCUCGGUUUUAUGCGAGUGAGGUAAGUAAUUUAUGGUAAUGCCCGUACUGUUUUAAAAGCAUGUUUUGAUUUGUUUUUGAAGUGGUGGUGGGACUAAACUCGUUUUACACGAGCAUGAUUGAUUUGAAGUAAAAUGUUUUAUGCUUUUCAUUAAAUUGAGCAUACCUACUUGAAAUUUAAGUGACUGUCCUGAUGAUCUGAAAGUGAUUGUGAAUUGUGAUUUUCCUGUUAACUUCUGCCUGUUUUGUCUCCGAUUUGGUCAUGUUAUUCGUGACCCUACUAGUGGGGGAGGUUAUAAACACUAGCACAUGUCGACAUGUUAGUGAGAGAGCUGGUUCGUUCAACCCAGCUAGUGGGGGUUAUACACUAGCAAAUCGUGGCCCUGCUAGUGGGGAUUAUACACUGGCCGUGACCUAUAGAGGAGACGUCUAUUUCGUGCCCGUACUGUAUCUAUUUUCGUGAUU